AUUCAUAUUGUUUUCUCGCUCAAUAUGUGCUUGGUUCAAACGGAGACGUGAAACAGGGGUCUUGAGAAAAAGUCAAAAAUGGAGUAUGACGAUAUCAUAAAAGAAUUGGGUUCUUUUGGAAAAUAUCAAAGACGUGUGUUUUUUCUUAUUUCGAUACCAUGUCUUCUCACUGGGUUUGGGGCUCCAGCGACGAGUUUUAUUUUAGGAAAUCACAAACACAGAUGUAAGCUGCCCUUUUAUGAGAACGAUACAUUUGCUGUACAGUCGGAAACACAUCUAGAGAUUAUAAAUGGAACAAUACCAAGAAAUUCCGAUGGCACCUUCUCAAAGUGCACCAUAGUGGUUAAUGGUACAGAAAAGAAGUGUUCCGAAUGGGUUUAUGACCAAUCACAAUUUGAGCGGACUGUCACAUCGGAUUUUAACUUGGUGUGUGACAAUCUCCAUAUUCGAUCCCACGUUAAGAUAUCGCUUCUGGUCGGGUUUCUUAUGGCAUCCAUGGUAUCGCAAUUGGCCGAUGUGGUGGGCCGACGAUUCAUGGCAAUAGCCUUGUCGACAGCGCAGAUCGGAAUUGUUUUUGCUAUUCCGUUUUCCUCCAGUAUCCCAAUGUUUGCUGCUCUGAGAUUUUUCGAAGGAUUGUGCAUUUUGGCAUUCUACCAGGUCUACUUCGCUAUAGUGAUAGAAUUGGUCGGACCUUCAGAAAGGAUCCUCGCUGGCGCUAUACCAAACCUGUUCUGGUGUUUUGGCCAAUUUCUCUUGAUCCUGUUGGUGUAUUUUGAGAGGGACUGGUUCUAUGUGAUGCUGUUUCUUGCGAUGCCUACCAUCUAUUCCCUGAUAUUUUGGAUACCUGGACUUGUUCCGGAAUCUCCUCGGUGGCUGACGGCCCGAGGACGAAUAGAAGAGGCAUCUAAAAUACUGACCAAAAUGGCGAAAGUCAACAAGGUUCACAAGAAAUUUGAUGCUUACAAGAUCAAACAAGAUUCGGAUCCAGGCAUGAUGAUUAUCUUGAAGGAAUUGCUCCAUUCAAAAGUUCUCCUUAAAAGACUUUUGAUAGUUGUCAGCAAUUGGUUCACAGUGUCCUUCAUCUACUACGGUCUGACGUUGAACAUCGACUCGCUUGGCGGAAACCUGUACGCAAACUAUGCCCUGCUGGUACUAGUUGAACUGGCUGGAUACUGCGUCAUUUUCUUUCUGAAUAUGACAGGACGCAAACCUCUACAUCUAGUGGCGAUAUUUGGAUGUGGUGUGGCAUCUAUAGGCUCUAUCCUGCUCAUACUCUUUGCAGAGAACACUCUAUACUGGUUACAUAUCCUCCUAGCUCUGGUUUCCCGGUUUGGAAUUUCAGUCCUGUUCGCUGUUCUCUAUAUCUACACCGGAGAGUUGUUCCCGACUGUAAUACGGAGUAUCGUAAUGGGGACAGUCAGUAUUGGCGCACGUGUAGGCUCCAUGAUCUCCCCAUAUUUGUAUGACAUUACGGACGGUAAGAUGGGGAAGAUGUUGCCACUAAUUGUAUAUGCCGUACUGACAAUCACAGUAGGAUUGCUUUCUAUGAGACUUCCAGAGACGAACAAGCAGAAAUUGAUAGAAACGGUUCAUGAAGUUAAUGAAAGGAAUGCUGAUUUGGUAAGCCAUUAUGAAGAUAUAGAUGAGAGUGUAGAAGCCCUGCAGUUAAAAUGAAAACUCUUUAUCAGAACUUUAUUCGCUGGUGACCAACUCUUCAACUGAGGUCACACCAUUAGGCAUUUUGUGUUCGUAUGGCACAAAAGGACGGGAAAUGAAUUUUAGUGAUAAUUUUGGAAAUCUGUAAAUCAAUAUUUUGAUAGAAUCGUCUUAUACAUUUACUUCGAACUGAAAAUGCAUAUUGAUGUGAAAUUUCAUAAUUAUUUUAUCCUUCCGCCUAAGUCGGGUGAUCACUUAUGUAUUCUGUUGCUAAAUUUCAUGAAUAAAAUCCGAGUACAGCCUA